UCCAACACUUCUGGAAUUCCAGGAGCAGUUAGAGCCAUUAGAAUGUUGAUAUAAAUGAGACCAUAUGGAGAUCUAGAAGAUUAGGUCCACGUCAGACUUUUCUUUUAUUCGGAGGUUUGGCUUCCUGCCCUGUGUUCAGGCAAUAAAUUCACUGUAACAGAGCUGCUUCUAGCAUUCUGUUGAGUAGAAGUAUCCCAGCAGAGAAAAUAACAGGCAAAAUAAGGACUGGAAAAGAAAGUCAGCUGAAGUUAUCGGUAUUUCUCAGAUACUCCCAGAAUGCUGCUCCGCUCAGGUCAUAAAAAGCCAUAUGAAGUGUCUCGCCGUCGAAGGCAGUCUGUUAAGAAACAACCUACGCUUAGGAAAAGGAAAACACUUCGUGGAAAUUCAGGCUUCUGUGCAAAACCUCUCUCUGGCUCCGACUUCCCACUGAAGUCUAUUCCCUACUUGUUUAGUCUGCGACAAACAGUGAAAUGUUAUAUACUAACUGAAGAUUCAAAAACAGUGCAUUUUGACAUAGAUGAAGAUGGCCAUCAUGAAAUAUCAAUCAAGGAUUCACAAUCCCAUGAAGACAUUGCGUGGUUGAGCGUGUUUACGAGGAAUGAAUCAGAAACUACUGAUUCUAAAAAUUUGGUGAUCCUCACUCAGAGAUCAAAGCUUAAUGAAUUUGUCCUAUUGUGCAAGGGUAAGAAGCACCUCUCUCUGAAGGUCUUAAAAGCAUCCUGUUCAGAGCCAGAUUGUCCUUCCAUGAAAAGAUGCAACAUGAAAACAUGCAACCAUGAAGAUCCUGACUUCAAACAGCUGAAUGAAGAUAAUAACUUUUUCAUCAUGCAUCGCCAAGGAGAUUCAGUACAGUUCCAGUGCUAUGAAGAUAGACGUUACUAUCUGCAUGUGAAUGACGACUCACUUGAUAUUUGCAAGCUGGAAAACAAAGAACCCGACGAGGACAAAAAUUUUUACUUCAGGGUGUCAUAUUUACAGGAAAACUAACUCGUCUACCUUUCAGUGGCUUAAGUGCCCACACUUCUAAGAAGAGGAGGAAGUUUGAGAACAACUAAUUUCUGUUUUGGCUGAAAUCUUACAUUUACGUAGUUUCUGAGUCACUGACAUCUUUUAUUUCCCUACUUUCAACAGCAAAAGAGAAAGGCUAAAUUUGAAAAACAUACCAACUGCAUUUUGUUCGUUUCAAUGCUGACUGAACAGAUUUUGAGUAUUCUCUAAAUAAUACUUAAAAAUUCUGGACCUGCCAAGAGCUCAAUAAGUUAGUGGGAAGAAAAAGAAGCCCCAAAACUCUAGGUACUGUUUUCAUCACACAUUACACUAGAAUGGAAUUAUUUUAGCACUACUUAUGAUGUUGCACAAGAAAUAGAUUAGAUUAUGCAACAGGUACAAUAAUUUCACUAUGUGAUACACAAACACUUCAUAGUCAUAUAUUUAUUACUGGCAAUGUGAUCAUCUCACUAAAUUACAAAAAUUUGCUCUCUAGAUGGCAAAUUGAUGAAAAGAUAAGUCAUCAUAAAACUCAUACAAAGCACACAAAUGAAAUCAGCGUUGCUGAUAUCACCACAAAAGUAAUGUUGACCUCAGUGAAUUUUGAAUCUAUUUUAUAAUUAAAUCUUAAAUUAUGGUUAUGUGCAGAAUUUUGUACUUUUACUGUCUGCCUUAGAAAUAAAUUCUUUUUUUAACAAUUCAAGGGGAAAAAGCCCUUAUGGAAAACAGCAGCAGUAAUUUUGUAAAGUUUCACAGUUAAAAUAUAAGAUAGUAGUGUCAUUUGACAUAGAUAGUAAUGGCACCUGAUUAGAGAAACAGAACAGGUGAGAACAGAAAGACACAGUAGAGAGAACAGAAAGACACACUAGGAAAAAAAAUAGCUAAAAAGUAUGAAAUGGAGAAGAACAAACAAAAAGUUUGAUAAUAAAGCUUAGAAAGAAUAGUGUGACUCUAUGCACAUUCCUUCAUCCUUCUAGAAAACUAAUGAGUAAAAGAGUUAACUACACUAACCCUGGCUAAAAACCUGUAGUUCUCACAUAGCUGAGCAGAGGACCACGUCUUGAAAUGUCCAUAUCAGUUCCAAAGCCCUUUUAUUACAGUACCAAUAAUUUCCCAAAUGAGUGCAAACUGCAGUUCAAAGAAGUUAUAAUGGUUAUCUUUAAAAACAUUCUUUUAGCCCUAAGCUCACCUCUGGCUGCAUGGUAUUCUACAGUUGUACAGGGAGCUGCAAAUAAGGCUAAUUGAAGUGGUGCCCUAGGAUGUAUGGUAAAGUAACAAGUAUGUGCUGAUAGGCAACAGAAAUUUAAUCAAUUGCCAGUCAUUUGAAGCUUUAGCUCCUCAAUAAACAUCGUGUUAACUGUUUAAGUGGCAUAUCAAAUUACCUGUUUUUCCUAUAUGAGAAGAAAUGAAGAAAAAUAAAGAAUUAAGUAUAUCUGUCCAUGCAUAUGGGUACUUCUGACUAUUUAGAAAGUCAUACGUUCCUCAUUAUUCACUGCAGCUGUACUAGAAUUUGCACCACCUCUGAGUCAGGUAUCAGCUUAAUUUCUUUGAUAGCUUAGAAAGACAGAAAGUAGUUAAUUAGUAAUUAAUUAUGAGUUUGGCUUGUUUUCAGUUUGACCUACAUAUACAGCUGUUAUUUAGAAACAGAGGAUAUAUAAUCCAAAGUGCAGUUUCAGAAAACCUAUAAUUUCUGACCUUUGCUGCUUCCUUUACUGGCACCCCCACAUUUUCUGUGUACAAUUAAUUUAAUUAUGUAAUUGCCUUGAAUAAACUCAUAGUACACUAUUAAUCACACUAAUUUAGUAUUACACUAGUGUUAACUACUAUCAUAUGUUGACUAGUAACAUUAUAAAAAAAUAUGUUUUGCAUUUCAAAUGUUGGGCUAUCUUUGCUGACAAUUAAGCUUUACUUUUAAGGUAAGCCUUAAAAUUAUUUUACGUGUUUGAGUCAAGAGUAGAGAAAAUAACAUUUCAUCCUGUCACACUGAUGUACUUUUGCUAUAACUUUUUUUUCUUUUUCAAAACAAUGUUUUUGGCGUGGUAAAAAUUACCUGUGCUUUUAAAGACCAUCUGACAAACUAUUUCAAUAUCUGUAUGGUACUCAUUCUUCUCAAUUAUCUCUUAUUUAAAUGAGCCUAAUAAUUAACAGGAAUAAUUGCUCAAUGUUUUUGAAACUGGAGCUAACGAAGUGUAACCUGGAUACAGAACAAGCCCCAGUUCUUGCAUUAGAUGAAAAAAAGAACUCGAAGAUUUGCUCCUGAUGGUCAGAUGGAUCUCAAAGUCAGCCAUGAAUUAGUCAAAAUGUAAUGAUGUGCAUAACAAGUGAUGAGUAACACAUUUCAGUUGACCUCUGCCGAGCAGCAGAGCUGACUACAUGAUUUCUGGAGGUCUCUUCCAACUUCAAUUAUUCUAUGUUAACUGCUGGUGAUUCCAUUCUGUAAGAGGAAUUUAUGCCGGGAAAAAUCACUUUUAGGAGGAGCCUCGGGAACAUGAAAAUGGGAUAAAAAUACUUUGGGUGAGAAUAAAACAUUUGUUUUUAUGAAAUUUUCCUUUCAGAAGGACACCGAGAUAAGUCCUCAAAUAUGAACCCUGAGUUAUCUCUUUUUUGGUAGAUUACUAUAAAAGUUAUACAAUGUCUUCUUUAUUCUGUCUCCAGUGUUUUCAUAUUGCAUUAUCUACUUUUUUUGGAGAUAACUCAAAAAUUCAUUCUGACAACAGUAGCUUUACUAUCUGUACUAGAACUAUAAGUUUGUCUCCCUGAUUCUUGUCGUAUUCAUAUAUACACACCUUUCCCAUGUAUUAUUGGAUAUGUAUCUUGCUCUAAAUGUACUAGUUUAGUGGAAAUCCACACUUUUUCUUCAUGUUAGAACAGUAAAUAAGCAAAAUGGUUGAAGCUGUGGUAUUGAAGAGUGGCAUCGCUUCUGUGUUGGUAUAGCCUACAAUAACACUUGCAGUUGCAUGGUACAUUCUGAACCAAAGUUUUGUAAAACAUUAAGGUAAAAUAAAGGUGGAUACAAAUUU